GACUUUUAUUUUGAAAUGUGAUUGUAGAAGCGUGUUCUGGAUGGACGGCCACAGCAUGGCAAAUUUUUACCCGUUGUAAAUAGUUAAAUCUAAGUUUACAAUGUUUAGAAUAAAAGUUAAAAGUAGUUGUAUUUGUGAGCCAUUCACAUAGUUAACAGUUUACAGUUUAUCCGUUGUUUAAACAUGUUUCGUCAGGCUGUUAAGAAACUAGGUAUCUUAUCAUAAUGUCAAAAUUCGGUCAGUCAACACAAUCUGAACACUUGUUUGUUAUGUGAUACUUUGAUGCCAGAUGCUGGAAAACAACUUGUGACAACAGCAAUUAAAUGUGUGGUAGUUGGAGAUGGAGCCGUGGGUAAAACCUGCCUUUUGGUUUCAUUUACAAACAAGUUCCCAUCAGAACCAACAGUGUUUGAUAACCAAGCUGUGACUGUAAUGGUUGAUGGUGAACCGUAUACCAUUCGAUUAUUUGAUGCUGCAGGUCAGGAUCAAUUACGACCCUUAUACUAUCCCCAAACUGAUGUCUUCUUAGUUUGUUUCUCUGUAGUUUCUCUGUCCUCCUUUGAAAAUGUAAAAGAAAAGUGGGUGCCUGAGAUAACUUAUCACUCUCCGAAAACCCCCUUUCUGCUGGUUGGAACUCAGAUUGACCUUCGAGAUGAUCCUGUAACUAUUGCAAGGCUUGCAAAAAACAAACAAAAGCCAAUCAAACCAGAGACAGCUGAAAAACUAGCCAGAGACUUAAAGGCAGUGAAAUAUGUUGAAUGCUCUGCUCUAACGCAGAAAGGACUCAAGAAUGUAUUUGAUGAGGCGAUAUUAGCAGCUCUAGAGCCCCCAGGAUCCCAGAAGACAUGCAAAUGUGUGGUUUUAUGAACUGGACACAGAAGCAUCAUCAAAGACAAAUCUGGGUGUAAACCAAUAGGAUUGUUUUAUUUUUUGUACAGGUUUUUAUCAGGAAAGUAACAGUAGCUAUUACUCAACAGGUUUUUUCCCUAUCAUUUACCUUGGUGCUCAUAUCACAUGAUGAGAUGAUAUGUGUGCAAAUUUUACUAUAGUGCCUUUAAGACUUUGACACUUCACAACAAAGAUAUUCAGGUAUAUGGUAGGUUAGAGUGAGAUAAGUUGUGCCACUUUUUAUUUAAUUAGUCUAAUAAGGAAGGAACAUUUUGAAGUAAAUACUGUGUGGAUGUCUGUCAUCAGCUUAAUUUAGAAGACUUUACAGAGCCAUAUGAAUAUGUCUUGUCCCACAUUAGGGGUAAGUUGUUAUGUCAAGUUGAGUCACUGGGGAAUAUCUGAGAGAUUUGUAUUUUAAAUAAAAGUAUGAAAAAAUAUUUAUACAGAAACUAUCUUCCUCUGAAAAUAUCGAUAUUAUUCCAAUGUGGUGACAAAAAUAUACAUGGUUUUAUACAUUGCCACUUGACCAAAAAGUAUAUACCUUUUUAUAUACCCAAGUAUAUACAUUUUUAGACUAGGAUAAAGAGUGAAAAAAUGAUCAAAAUCACUUUUUCUCAUGUUAUUUCUCUAGCAUGUGCAGCUGU